AUGCAAGUCAACUUUGACAAAUCAGAGGCGGUCCUUCUCCUUCGGGGCAAAGCUGCAGCUGGGCUCAAGAAGCGCUUCGUCAAAUGGCACAGGGACAAAUAUGUUUUGGUUCUGGGAACAGAUGGUUUCACGGGGCGGGAGGUUAGGCUCUUCAAGGCCUGUGUGGUUCCAGCACUCCUCUAUGGUGUCAUUGGCAUCGGUGUCACAGCGGCUAGUCUGUUCUCGAGUCUCGAGCGCGCGGUUUUCUCCCCAGUGGCUGUCCUACGACAUCUUAUCCAAGGCAAGCAGUGUGCCCUGGCUAUUGAUGGACACCAGUCCCCUGAAUUGCGUGCACCGGCGCAGAACCGACUGCAGGAGAUUGUGCUUGAGCUGGACAGGGUCGGGCCCGUUUUACAUCUCGACAUGCUCAUGUUCACAAGGCAAACUUUGUUUGAUUGGGCAUCGAUGGAGCGAGACAUCACUGGAGGCAGGUGCCCUAGACUCAAGAAGGCCGCUGCAGAGGGCAAGAGCAUGGAACAAGUUAUGCAACAGGUGCAGCAGGAGGAGACGGAUUCACCACCGAAGCCGCCGUCUACGGCUUCACAGCUGGCCCCCACACCAAGGAGCAUCCCAUCUCAACUCCUUUCCUGCACGCUUGCCUCGCUGCGGGAGCACGCUCAGGAGAUCGCGAAGUUUCAGUACCAAUGCAUUCUUCGUGCACAAAUCAUCAAGGCGAAGGGUCACAUGAAAACUCAUUGGCAGACCAUUCAUAUUGAAGCCUGGGCGAGUUCACAGCAGGAUGCUACAUCGGGGGCACGAAGCAUGCGGGCCACCUUCCUGAGGUACUGGCAGUUCGGAAAUUACAUGCUGCAGGAUUGCUGGAACAGAUACUUUCUUCAAGGAGCGAACCGGGAUCAUGGCGGUCAGCGGGAGAACGUGGUCAAGGACGACAACAAAAACUCAGCCACGAGAAGCAAGGAGGCACCACCACAGCAAACCAUGAUGUCGGGGAGUGAGGGUCCCGCGUUGGCCUCGGUCAAUCAGGUGAACGGAGUGUCGGAGGAGACGGAGAAUGCGGCCAUUCUACGGGUCAGGUGGACUCCAUACCUCGAGGACUGCGACCUUUACGUGCAGAGGGACGUCGCGGAAUUUACGGACUUUGUGCUCAGCAAGGUCUUCUUCACUAUGGCGACUCUCCUCACUCCGGACAUUACCGUUCGAUACUCAGAGUGCAACAGACAUGGUGGAUCACGGAUGAUGGAGUGCCAGCGGUGCCCUGUGAACCGGAUGUGCAGCUACGACGUGGACUGUACACAGUCUGGCUCAAAAGAGGAUGAGGAGCUGAGGAUUUGGUCUGCUUUUAAGCAGGCGGCCCCAUCGGAGAUCACCGGUGAAGGAGCGGACGCUCUGGAUAAGGAUCGAGCUCAAAAGUUUCAUAAGCCAGAGGGAAAAGGCGACACUCGCGGCGCGGAUCAAUCGAAGAACCAAGGUGGCUGGGGCUCCAACAAGUGGGGAAAUUGGAAGAACGAGGAGGAGAUUGAUCUGGCCACCCUCAAGAUGAUGGUCAGCCAGCUGGCCAGGCUUUGCCUUCGGCACGAGGAUUCCAUCAACAUGUGGAGGGCUGAAAGCUCUUUCGUACUUUUUUGUACGCACAGGAAUUCCGGGCAGCCUUGUCAGCCUUGUGCCAGCCCUUUUCGCUGCCAAAGCAGCCCGGCAGAAGCUUAA